AUGCAAGGGCAAGCAAGAGAUUUAAUGAACAUGAAACUACCUCUAAAAUCAUCACUAUGCAGUACAUCAAAGAUAAGACCGCUAUCGAGAACUAGCUCCGGUUCUAGCUCCAGAUCAAACUCUGGUUCUAGCUCCAGAUCAAACUCUGGUUCUUGGAAAAAUGUCAGGUUUGCCCCACAAUUAACAACGGUGAAAAGCUUCUACUCGGGCGAUGAACCCAUUUCCAUCUCCAAUGAGAAUUCUCCAAGGUUGGUAAGUGUUGCUGACACCGUUCUGCUGGAUGAUAGAGACGAUGAUGGGUUUUCAGUGAAUAACAAUUUCAACUACAAAUAUUAUAACGGCGAUGAGGCAUUCCAGUUGGAUUACGACUCAGAUAAUGAGAGUACAUUCGAAGGCUACUACAAGAACUUGGACGAGAAAUAUCUGGGCAAUUUUCAUUUCUCUCUGGGGAACACCAGGGACAAUAGUAACGCUAAUGGUGAAGGUGACAGUGCGGAACUUUUCGCUGAUGGUGCAGAUGAACCAUUCGAAGUAAGGGAUUGGCAAUUAAUGUCGAGUCCCGUGCAAUCGCAAUUCAAAAAUGAAGUGCCCUUUGAACAACUCUUGAACGGUCAAAAUAUUAAAUUGUACUCGCUCAAGAGUGAAAACGAUGGACAGGCAUUCAAGUUGGUCGGGCUCAUACUGGUUAACAAUAUACAAUUCGAGAAAAACAUCGAAGUUAAAUUUACUUUCAACAACUGGGAAAACAUUUGCUACCAAGUGGCGUACUUUAACCGUUCACUCAAUGUUAAAUUUGACGAAUUUAAGUUCACUAUUGAUUUGACUAGCUUUAAGAGUCUCUUGAAAUUGCAAAAGAUAUUGUAUACGAAGGACCCCGUGACACAUUGUCCCAUAAAUAUCGAAAUGUGUUGUCGGUACGACGUGAAUAAUGAAACAUACUACGAUAAUAACAACUAUAACAACUAUUGCAUCCCCAUCCAGGCCACCACGGAAGUGUGCAGGCUAUACGACGCUUCAGACUCUAGCGAUGACACACUACAAGGUGAAGAAACAAUGGGAUACAAUGACACCGAUAACAAUGCGAGCCACCGCACUUCCAAUUUCUACUCGGACUUUUUAAUAUCCACCACAAUGACACACCGUGUAAGGGAAGCUUCACAUUCAAGACAGUUUAGUGACACUACGGACUAUUACAACACGUCACCUUUGAAGCACCUGUACCAUGAGGAUACCAGUCUUAUCAAGCCCAAGAAAUUAAACGAGGUGGUCACUGAAGGAGGUGAGUAUUUCGGGACCAACUUGGAUGAUGCCAUCUAUGCUGACGACAGCAUCAAUCAGGAAGAAGCUAGUUAUUACUCGUCAUCAUCGUCUGCAGACUCGAUCGACUCACCUUCGUUGUUAAAUUCCAACUCGUUAACGUCAUCUCUUUCGUCAUCGUUGUCGGACAUGGCUCCCUUGAAUGAAUACACGUACUUGACCUUUGGUGGCGGUAGUGUCUAUUCGAUGAACACCUUCCAUGAUGCAAGUGAGGAUCUGGAUGGACAAAGUGUUCUAUCUGAUUCCACUGAGAUCAACAAUAAUAAUAAUACUACGAAUAGUAACAAUAAUUCUGUGGAAACCAUCACUGUGAAGAAACCUACACCACCAGCACCUACGUUAUUACUGCCGAGGAUGGAAAUGGAUUACCAAGCGUUAAUAAACAACUCCAGAUUAUAUGAUCCAACGACUCAUGAUUUUGAAAACGGGAACAGAAACACUACGGAUGACCAUUCAAUCACAUUUUAA